AUGGCAGUGACGAAGAAGUUUGUCCCUCGGCAGAGGAAGCACAAAAACGUUGCUCGGGCGAAGAAUGAUGGGGAAGCCCCAGUGGACAGCAACCGGGCAGAGAUCCUGCUCGAAGAACAGCGAGAGCACAACGAGAAAAAGGCACAAUUGCGCGAAGAGCUCCGGGCCAGCCAGCCACAGAUGAGCGCCAAGAAGGCAAAGCGUCUGGACAAGUACAUCGAGCUCAAGCUGAAGAAGGACGAAAAUCUCAGGCUCUACGAGAAGCUGGCUGCAUCAAGCAUCGACACCAGCAUGUUUGAGAGCACCAAAAACCUGGGAGUGGGCAGAAAGCGUCGUAAAGCCGAGCAGAGGAAGAAGGAGAGCAUGGCCCGGCAUACCGGCAGCGACAGUGGUUCUCCGGACGAGGAAUCGUCGUCCGAGGCGGAAGAGGCACCGGCCCUGAAAGCACGUCCGAAUAAGCCUGCCCCAAAACCACAGGUGGCAACGGAAAACGAGCCGGAAGGGAGUUUGCCCGCAGUGACAACGGCAAAUGCUAUAGCGACGGCCGUCUCUCUGUUUCCACAGGCGGCCAAGUCUGUACCGGCGGUUGCUGGAUCCGGUCUGAAGCGUCCACUGGAGCUCGGCGAUGAUGGAAGACCAGUGCUGCAGAAACGGCAGAAACGUGGCGGCGUCAAGUCUAAAUACCAGGUGGAACAAGUUCACACGCAGGCAAAGCCAAUUGUGCCACGGGUGGAGGAAGACGAUAUGAAGGAAGACGAAGAGGAAGAGGAGUGGGACGGAUUCUCUGGCGGAGAUGAAAGCAAAGAGGAAGGGUUCGAAGGGAAGGAUGUGAUCGCACAGGAGACGGCAAAGGAAGAUGAUACCAGCGAAAGUGAGUCCGAGUCAGAAGAGAGCGACUCGUCCGAGGACAAAGGGCCGUCUAUAUUCAAGAUUUGGGCGACCGAGAAACGAAACGCGGCGCUGGGGUUCCAGCCGACGACCGAGAGCACGACAGCGGCCAUGCUCGAAAUACCACGGCCGGAGAAUUUUGAGCCGCGGCCGAUGGAACAGGAACCGCUGCCGGUCGAGCUGCAGCUAUCGGAGGCGACGGGCCGGAAGGUGUUCAACGUGGCGGUGACACGGACGGCCGAGGUGGAGGCAGCGCGGGAGAAGCUGCCGGUGGUGGCGGAGGAGCAUCAGAUCAUGGAAGCGAUCCACUUGCACAACGUGGUGGUGAUCACGGGCGGGACGGGAUCGGGCAAGACGACGCAGGUGCCACAAUUCCUGUUUGAGGCCGGCUACGGCUCACCGGACUCGCCGACGCCAGGAAUGAUCGGAGUGACGCAGCCGCGACGAGUAGCGGCAGUGAGCAUGUCGAAGCGGGUGGCUGAGGAGCUCGGGUCGCACGGGUCAGCGGUGGCGUACCAGAUCCGGUUCGAGGGCACGCACAACAAGAAGACGGCGAUCAAGUUCAUGACGGACGGCGUGCUGCUGCGCGAGAUGGCCAACGACGUUGUAUUGUCAGGCUACUCGGCGAUCAUCGUGGACGAGGCGCACGAGCGGAGCAUCAACACGGACCUGUUGAUCGGGCUGCUGAGCCGGGUCAACCAGAUGCGGGAGAUCCUGAACAAGCAGAGAAGCGAGGUGGCCGGAUGGAAGGCGUUGGGGCCACUGAAGCUGAUUAUCAUGUCGGCGACGCUGCAGAUCGAGGACCUGACGAAGAACACACAGCUGUUCUCAACACCACCACGCGUGAUCAGCAUCGAGGGCCGGCAGUUCCCGGUAACGGUCCACUUCUCGCGCACCACCCAGACAGACUAUGUGGAGGAGGCGUUCCGCAAGGUGGUGCGCGGCCACCGCAAGCUGCCGCCAGGCAGUUUCUUGGUCUUCCUGACGGGCGAGGACGAGAUCCAGAAGCUGGCCAAGCGGCUGAGGCGGGAGAUCAACGGACUCGACGUGGCGACGGGGCCAAAGGUGCGGCUGUCGACACGAGAGGCGCCCUUUGAAGCGGAGGAUAUCGACUUUGGCAGCGGCAGACUGGACCUGGACAUUGCGGCGAUCGAGGGCGAGGACGAGGAGGGCGAGGGUGAAGGUGAAGGUGAGGAGGAGUUUGUGGUGGAGGCGAGCGAAGGAGAAGCCGGAACAGGACCACUGCGGAUGAACGUACUGCCGCUAUUUUCGAAGCUGGCAACACAGGAGCAGCAAAAGGUGUUCCGGCCAGCACCGAACGGGUACCGACAGGUGAUCCUGGCGACAAACGUGGCGGAGACGAGUCUGACGAUCCCGGGAGUGCGGUUCGUCUUCGACUGCGGGCGAGCCAAAGAGCGGCGGUACAACGCGGUGACGGGAGUGCAGAGCUUCGAGGUGGGCUGGAUCAACAAGGCCAGUGCAGACCAGCGCAGCGGAAGGGCCGGACGAACGGGUCCGGGUCACUGUUACCGGCUGUACUCGUCAGCGCUAUACGAGGCCAGCUUCAAGCCAUUUGCGGUGCCGGAGAUGCUGCGGAUGCCGAUUGAGGACGUGGUGCUGCUACUCAAGUCGUUCAACGUGCCCAAAGUGGACGUGUUUCCGUUCCCGACGCCGCCAGACCGACAGAACCUGGCGCGAGCAGAGCAGAUGCUGCAGCACAUCGGGGCGGUGCAGCGGUCGGGCAAGAUCUCCAAGCUGGGCGAGGCGUUGAUGCUGUUUCCGCUGCCGCCGCGUUAUGCCAACAUUUUGCUGCGUGGCAACGACGAAGGGCUGCUGCACUACAACAUUGCCAUGGUGGCGGCGCUGACGGUGGACGGGCUGUUUGUCAAGCGGGUGCAGGCGCCGAAGCAGGACUCUGUUUCGGGCGUGCGAACACAGGAGGACAUUCGCAAGGAGGAGCAGCAACGGCAAAGGGCGGAGCAGUACAGCAAGGUACACCGGCGGCUCAGCAGUACGGACGACUACUCGGACGCGAUCAAGCGGCUGCACGUGGUGGCCGAGUUUUCGGAGACGCCGACGCCGACGUGGUGCGACAACAACUUUGUGAGCUACAAGACGCUGCUCGAGGUGCAAAAAAUCCGGCGACAGCUGACGGAGCUGCUGCGGGCCAACAUGCCCGGGCUGGCCAACAUGGAGUACACGCCGCUGCUGAAGAAGCCGACGGAAAGAGAGGUGGCCUUGCUGAAGCUGAUGGCGGCGGCCGGCUUCGUCGACAGGGUGGCGAUGCGGGCCGAUGCGAUGCCGACACCACCGGCCGAGUUUGUGGGCCGACAGCAUCCUCGCCGCGCCAUCGAGGUGGCCUACGUGCCGCUCUUGCCGCUGGACCACAAGCAGACCGGCAGCGGGCUCGUCUUCAUCCAUCCGGCGUCGGUCCUGGCUCACUGCACCGUGGCCGAGUGUCCAAAGUAUGUCGUGUUCUCGCAGCUGCUGCUCUCGAGCGGCUCGGCCGAGGCCACGGCAACGGCCCUGGCUGCCAUGGCUGCCGGCCAGACUGUCCGCAGCGACGGCAGCACUGCCAUCACGCUGCCCAAGGUCCGCAUGCAGGCGCUGACCGACAUCUCGGCCAAGCAGCUGGCCAGCCUCGCCCGCGGCACGUCGCUGCUGACGUACGGCAAGCCCAUCAAGGAGACGUAUGUCUCAGCCGACGGUCUCGAGCGUCAGUGCUGGGUUGUGCAGUAUCUGCGCGUCGACAGCAGCAGCGGUCUCGGCUGGGAGCUGGGGCCAACGCUGGUCAAGCAGCGCAGGCAGCGGGGCAAAAGCUGGGAGGUUGUUUUGGAUUGA